AUGCUGCAACCAUCUAGAGAAGAAGAUCAAUGCGUAAACAUCUCCUCUCAACCUUCAUCAACAACCUUUUCGUCCUCUUCUUCUUCUGUGGUGACCUCCACUUGUCGACAAACUUCAUCUCCGACAUUUAACACCAACACUCCAAAAUUGUCCAACGCUCAUCAACAUUCUGCUGCCGAUGAUGAAUCAUCUGUUCCUCUAAAUCAUCCUUCAUCUUCUCAUUUACUCUCCGAUACCAUUCUUUCAUCCAAUUCCUUCAUCACUCCUCCCUUCUCCUCAUCAUCAUCAACGGAAGAUUUAACUUCCAAAUCUGUUCAUCAUCAUCCUUUCGACAACAAUAACAACGAAAAAAAUAAAGAACUCUUUGCAACCUCAUCAGCAACUGAUAUCAUUGCAUCAUUGGAACAGCUCAAGGAGAAUCACAAUCCUUCUUCAUUCUCGGAUUCACCUCAAGAACAAGUAGUAGUAUUGAGAGAAAUAGAAACAACAUUGCAACAACCACCACUACCAUCACCACCGAUCAGCUCGGAAUCUCCAACACAAACAAAGGUGCUGCUGCUCUCGGAACAACAAGGCUCAUCAUUUCAACUGCUGUCGAAGGAACAUUCACUAAUAGGAACGAACAACAUUACUUCUUCUGCAACAGGAACAACAACCACUACUACUACUACUACUAUCAGUACAACGAGCUCAUCAUCGGAAUUGAGAAAGAGAAAAAAGAUUUCUACACGACAAUUACUGGAGAGAAAUAUCAUCAUGUUAGGUGGCAUCAGAAGAGGAGAUGGAUAUUUGAACUCUCCUCAUAAUAGAAGUUCUUCAUCGUUGGACGGAGUUUUUGAUGUAAUUACUGAUUAUUAUUAUAACAAUCAAGCAAAUGGAGAAGAGCAUAACGAAGAAGAGAAUGGAGAGCAUGAACAACAUCAUUUACUGAACGGCAGUUCUGCAGAUGGUGGUUUAUCAUUGGAGGAUGGAAAAAUUGUGAAUACAGAAGAAAUUGUCACCAGUGAAGAAAUUACACAACCGCAAGUUGUUGACUCCAAGUCAGACACUCAUUCUAUCGAGGAAGAGCAUCAUGAAAAAACAGCUCUUGUGCAACAAGAAACGUUGUCAUCUUUGGAAGAAACAUCGUCGACACUCAUCAUGAUGGGUGACUAUGAGAAAUUUGUAUACCGAAUACCACCAAAAUUUGAAAAUUAUUGGAAAUCAUUCGAUGACAAAAUCAUUUCAAUAAUUCAAUUCAAACCUAACAUUGUUUUUUUCAUUUUGAGUAUGAUUGUAACAGCACUGACAACAAUUGAAAUUGGAAUUUUGGCUCCCGUAGUUUUGUACAUUCUUGGAAUUGAUAAUUUUGCAUCGUAUGUCAUGUGGGUUAUUCUAACAUUGAGUAUGCUCAGUCAAUUACCAAAGAGAUUCAUGUUUCGAGUACGACCUUAUUUGGCCUCACGAGCAAAAUGUAUUGCAAAAGAUAAGACAAGUUCUUUUCCAAGCCGUGCAGUAACAUGUUCGGUGGUAUAUGCAUUCCUAGUGUGCUAUUUCAUUAGAUGUGUCACAAGUGGAGAAUCCAUGAGUGACGUAAUAUUUUGGAUUUGGUGUAUUCCAUGCUGUUUCUUGAGUGCUAUUGCCGCUAGUGCAGCCAGAAUUUAUCUUGGUGUACAUUAUCCUAGCGAUUGUCUAUUCGGAGCCCUACAAGGACUUGUUUCCAUUAUUUUGGGGACUAUCUGUUACCUGAUUCAUUUGAGUGUUUGUGCCACCUGUGCUGGUAAUGCUGAUUCCAAAACUUAUUGGAACGGUUUGAUGCCUUGUUAUGCACCUCUCGAGGAAUCAGUGAAUCUCAUUACAGUCAUUGGGAGAAGUAACCUCUCUCAUGUCAAUUGGUAUUUAUUUUGCAUACUGAGUAUUGGUUCUCUAUUGCUCGGUAUUUUAUUUGUUACCAAACCAAUUCAAUUUUACACAAAAUUUCACCAUGUCUUUAGCAUGCUCGCUCCUUGCUUAACUUUUCAAUAUUGCUUCCUUUGCCCCACUUUAUCCUUGAAUGGAAUUGCAACCAUUCCUAAGCCCUCUCUAUUUUCGCCAUGGUUUUCCUAUCUUUAUGCAGCAAUUGUUGGAAUUGUUUUCACAGCUGCUGGUAUGAAAGCUCCAAAGAAGUACAGCCUUAUUGCAUUCCCCAUUCUCUACAUUUUAGUGUUUUGUGCCUUAUUCUUUUGGAGAUCAUGUAUUUUUCAACAAUCCUCUUGA